AUGAAGGUUUUCCUUCUUUUCUUGGUUGUUUUAGUAGCCUUGGUUUAUACACAAAUUGUUGGAAAGAAAGCUGUUGGAGUUAAGGGAACUCUGGUUUGUGGAAAGAAACCAGCAGAAAAUGUUCGUGUUCGACUUUUCCGAGUGAAACCUGGUAAAAAAGAUGGUGAGUUUUUCAAUACUUUUCCGGAGGCAAAGUUCAGUUAAGCUAAUUAAUUAUGCGACAAAUAUAAAUUUUUAAAAGUUUCCAGGAACAAUUUUUCCCUCAAAUUUGUUCCAGUUGAUUGACCCAGACAUUUAAAACAUAAUAAGUAACAAUUUCUAGAUCUUGGUCAAAUUAUCGAUGAAAAAAUUACUGGCCCAGGAGGAAUGUUUCACGUUGAAGGAAAUACAAAUGGUUUCCCCCUCAACGAAACAGAUAUUCAACCUGUUCUUUCAUUUUAUCAUCAUUGUGAUGAUGAUCCGAAAAAAUUGGAAAAAACUGCUUUCCGUAGAUUCAACUAUAAUGUUCCAACAACAUUCGUCAAUCAAGGUGAAAAGGCAAAAAAAUCAUACGAUAUGGGAACUUUGAACAUUCAAAUCGAAUUUCCUGGAGAAAAACGAGAAAAAACAAUCGUCGAAAAUAAGCCAAAGUAA